UGGAGCAGAGCGGAGCAACUGAGGAGAGAAGCCGCGCGCGCGCGCACUUACACACCGGUUACUUACUCCCGUUACACUCUCCGAGGAUUAUAGCCGACAUAGAGCCCGGAGUACACAAUCCGCUUCAGGAAAUUACACCCGGAGAGAAAGGAAUAAGAACAAGCCUCGAGACGGAUUAUUAAUACACUUUAUUAACGGAAUGACGGAGUGUUAAUCCUCCUGUGUCCGUGCGCGAGUGUGUGUGUGUGUGUGUGUGUGUGUGUGUGUGUGUGUGUGUGUGUGUGUGUGCGCGAUCGAGAGUGUGAGGUCGCGCGCCGCGCCGCUCGGAACUGUAUGGAGGUGUAGAGACGAGCAGAGAAGCGGUUUAUGGUUAUCCUGGUUGCCUCUGGAGUGCAUCCAACGUUUGUGUGUGUGUGUGUGUGUGUGUGUGUGUGUGUGUGUGUGUGUGUGUGUGUGUGUGUGUGUGUGUGAGCCGCCAUGCUGGCGUGUCUGCAGCCGAGCCUCAAUGCCUCCCACAACUCCAAGAGCCUGGACACACCCAGUGUUCAUAAACGUGAACCCAGCAUGGCUGUCCACACUCCACGCUACCCGAGCACAGCAGAACUGGAUGCCUAUGCCCAGAAGACAGCUAAUAGCCCGCUGUCCAUCAAAAUAUUUCCUACCAACAUCAGGGUCCCACAGCACAAGCAUCUUAACCGCACAGUGAAUGGCUAUGACACAACGGGUCAACGUUAUAGUCCAUACCUCCAACCAGGUGCCUAUCAGGGCCUUCUGGCCGUAGUCAAAGUUUCUUCAUCAUCAUUAUUAUCAUCUUCAUCUUCAUUGUCAUCAUCAUUUGUUGCUUCUGCAAAAUCUGUGGUGAAGAACGUUGAGGGCCGGCGGUCUAAGGUCUCUCCUGCCCACUUAGCAGUGGCUCCCUACCAAGUGGGCUUCAACGGGGCACCUCCAAAGCCCCUUGAGACUACAACUCUUACUGUGCCACCCAACGUGACAGUUGCUGGGUCUGUCAUCCCUCUAGCAGGGACGAGGGGGCUAAACCUGUCCUCUCAGUCAAAUCUCCCAUCAAUCCAGAGCAUUAUUUACCAGAUCAAUCAGCACUGCCAAGCCCAGGCCCUCCAGCAAGUCUCCACAGUUCCCACGAACCCAAAUUCCAAUCCCAGCCCUUGCAAGCAAGGUACCACUGCACUUGGGGUUUCAUCCAUCUCAGGGGGGAGUUAUGUGUCAAAUCUGGCACCGCAAGGCAACGUGGGAUACUCUGGCACAGUACUAGCAGGACAGAAUGGGGACACAGCAAAGGUAGCUUCAUAUUCAGAGAGUUUGGAAUACAUCCUGUGGCAGAAGCAGCAGCAGCAGCAGAAGCACCAAGCCAUUUUGAGGAUGUACAGCAGUGGAAGUGGUGGAAGUGGUGCGAUUAGCAAGUCGCCAGAAUCUUGUGGUCCAAGCAUCCUAGUGGGUGGAUCCCAGGCAUCGUGUUCCUCCAGGACAUUCCCGUUAAUGACGAGCAUGAGCGGAGGAGGUGGCCUCGACAAACUGAGCUCCUCACCAUUGAACUGUGCAGCCAUGCAAGGGAAUUUUGCUUUGGGGCAGUAUUUUGCCCCACCAUGGAACAGUGUCAUGGUCACCCCAGAAAGUGACUGCUACAACCCUCAGGAGUUGGCACCAGGGACAACAACCAUUGGGCAGAAGGAGCUGGGCUUCCUGCCUCAUCAACACCACCUUCAUCAUCAUCACUACCACCAUCAAUACCAACACGCACCUACAGACAGCUCAGGAGGCAUUUGCUGCGGUUUGCCGAGUAAAAGCUUGUGCAAUGCCUCUGUUCUCAGCAGCAGUUUGCAGUCGCUGGAAUACCUGAUCAAUGACAUACACCCUCCGUGUAUUAAGGAGCAGAUGUUGGGUAAAGGUUAUGAAACCAUCUCAGUACCACGACUUCUGGAUCAUCAGCAUGCACACGUUCGACUUCCUGUUUACAGAUAGAACAAGAGAACUUUCCAAUCAAACUGGAGAUGGAUUUGUGGAUUUGGUGUCAAUUUUUGGGAUGUGUUACUUUUAAACAAAUUUGGAAGAUCUGGAUGCUUCUGGCUGAAGACUGGGAGGAAACUAGAAGUUAGAGAUCCCGCAUGAGAAUCUUUUUUUUUUUUUUGCCAACAGGGAUUUUUAUGUUUUGUUUUUUUUCCUUUCAUUUUUAAAUUUUUUUUUUUCUCCUUGUGGUCUGUUUGGACAGAGUUCUGUAGGUGAUAAAAAUCUGUUUUGUCUAAUCUGGAAAUGACUUUCCAUACAGUGAAGAAGAUUCCAGCUUCAAAUGUAAACACACACUUCUAGAGGUUAUCACAUGAAAUGUUGCAGAGGAAACGCUGUAGUGUUCUUUAAGGAUGUUCCAUUAUAUAAUAACUUAAUUGUAAGCAUAAUUAUGGCUAUGAAUGAAAAUUGCACUGCUUUGGAAAUCAAAAACAAAAACCUUGUGGAAAGAUUGAGAAGCUGGAAAAGUUCGUUUGAGUUUAAUGUAUUUAUGAAACUUGAAAACUUGAAUUUAUUUUUGUUGGUUUAUAUAUCUGUAGUAUAAGAGAUGUAUUGGCUGCUAAGGAGAAAGAUGUGUCUUAGUUUUUUAACGGUUUUUAAGAGUUCUUUCUCUUUUUUUUGUUGUUUGAUUGUUUUUCUUUUUUUGGCUAAAAUCUAGUGACUGAUCAGGUCUGAACACUGCUUUUGUUUCAUGAUAAACUAACACUGAGUCCACUGAAGGAGAGAGAGCUGAUCAUGACACAGCUCCUGAGUUCACACUGAGAAUGAAGUACGUCACAAUAGAAGGUCCGGCUUUAAUAACACUUUGGUUUGAAUGUUUAGUUGUUUUUUUUUUAUUUUUUUUUUUGCUGUUUUGUUUUUUUUUUAGCACCUCUGAUUGUUCACUUUAGUCUACGACCAACAACUGUUUUUAUUUAAUCAAAAAUGAAUGCAACCUUUUACUAUUUCAGACUUAUUCAGGAAGAAUCUAUCAAAAAUUCAUUUUCUUGGCUUGACUUAAGUCUUUUUUUUUUUUCUUUUUUUUUAAUAUUUGAUGCUUUUAGCACAGUGUUCAUACACUUCCCAUCACCUUCAUGACGUUCAGACAACAGGAAAUUUAGUUUGAGUUCAAUUUUUCCAAAGUGGUCAAGCAAAAGAGUCCGUGGUCAUUGACACAGAACCAUCUGCUUAUCAUUAGCAUGUGAACUCGGUCAGACCUGCAGCAGACGCUCUGAUUUACUCUUCAGGUUUAAGUGAAUUUGCUGUAUUAUAUCUUCGUAGAUUCUUUGUGGUUCUGCUAAUUUCCCAUUGCUAAUUAAUCCUAAGGAGUUAUGGAAGAGCAAAGUGCUUGAAACAGGAGAGAAAUGCUGAAUCCAUCAGUCGAUCCAUUUUAUAAUUUAUUUUUUGUUUUAUUUUAUUUUUUUUUCUCCCCAAAAGGUGAAACAAUCAUUUUUCUCCAAGCCUUGAUUUCUUUCUCUAAUGGAGAAGAGUCAAGGUGUGGGAUGCUCUCUAGCUCUCUCUCUCUCUCUCUCUCUCUCUCUCUCUCU